AUGAGGCUUUGUACAUUCCAGGAUCCGAGACUUGAGUUUGACUUUGAUUUUCGGACUGCGGGUGAUGGUGAUGUAGUGGAGCAGGUCAUCAGCCAACAGACAGAUGAUCAGUAUGAGAAUGGCCAGGAACCCAGCCUUCUAGAUGAUGCUAUUAGGGAGCUCCAGCGAGAACAUGACCUGAGGCAGGGAAACGAAGGAGCAGCUGUACCGGAUGGCCCUUACAGUAGAUCGAACUUGCGGAACAGUGCCUUGCUGUCCCCCAUUGGACUUCGACGGAGUGGUCAAAUAGAAGGUGUUCGCCAAAUGCAUAAUAAUGCCCCUCGUAGUCAGAUGGCUACAGAGAGAGACCUGAUGGCUUGGAGCCGAAGGGUGGUAGUCAUGGAGCUUCCACCUGGAAUUAGCAGGUUUCAAGAGGAACUUCGACUAAGUAAAGGCGAUGGAGAAAUUAACUUGUACACAAUUGAAAAGAAACGUAAACCACUGCAACCAACACAGAAGAGCGAUGGUCAGGAAUUUUUCCAGCGCACAGGGAGGCGGACUCAACGCCGUAAUCAGCAUUUCUACCACACUCGUUCGACUGUGGAACGUCGAACUUGUAUUCGUCGGAUAGAAGAAUCUAAUAAUUCUUCAGAGGAAAUGGAGACUAUAGAUGGAAGUGAGGGGUCAUCUGAUGAGGUUGAAGAAGAGUGGCAGAGUGAAAGCAGUUCAAGUGAUUCAUCAAGUGAAUAUUCAGAUUGGACGGCAGAUGCUGGUAUUAACUUGCAACCACCCAAACGAUUGGUGAGAGGAAUAGUACGUCAUAAUAGCAGCUCUGAAGAUGAGAAGCUGGGAGAAAGAUUGACUCUAAAACGCAAGAAAUCCAAACAGUCCAAACAGAAGAGGCCGAGUGAACUACUUGCCAUGGAAGGUGCACCUUCUGAAGAAUGGAUUCCUCCAUCUUGGAUCCGAGAUACAACACCACGCAGAUCACCAUUUGUGCCACAAAUGGGUGAUGAGGUUGUAUAUUUUCGACAAGGGCAUGAAGCGUAUGUGAAAGCUGUUAAAAAAGCAAAAGUCUACAGUGUAAACCUUCAGAAGCAACCGUGGAUCAAAUUGGAACUUAGGGAACAAGAAAUUGUAAAGGUGGUUGGCAUCAAGUAUGAAGUUGGGCCACCUACUUUAUGUUGUCUGAAGCUUUCUCUUCUAGACCCCAUCACUGGCAAAAUGACUGGAGAAUCUUUCUCUCUCAAGUAUCAUGAUAUGCCAGAUGUCAUUGACUUUUUAGUAUUGCGACAAUUUUAUGAAGAAGCAAAAAAGAGAAACUGGCAAGUUGGAGACACGUUUCGCAGUAUAAUAGAUGAUGCCUGGUGGUUUGGAACAGUGCAGAGUCAGCAGCCUUUUCAGCCUGAAUAUCCUGAUAGUUUAUUCCAAUGUUACAAUGUUUGCUGGGAUAAUAACGAGUUGGAGAAGAUGAGCCCAUGGGACAUGGAACCCAUUCCAGAUGAUGCUAUCUACCCUGAAGAAAUUGGUGCCAGUGUUCCUGUUACUCCAGAGGAACUGAAACGCUUGUUAUAUAAACCUCAGGAGGGUGAAUGGGGAUCUAGUUCUGCAGAUGAACAACAUAAGCGUAUCAUUCAGGGAAUCAGUCAACUGAUGACACUUGAAAUAGCCGCACCAUUCUCUGCCCCUGUGGAUCUCUGUGCCUAUCCACUAUAUUGCACUGUGGUUGCAUAUCCAACAGACCUAAGCACCAUCAAGAAGAAAUUAGAAAACGGGUUUUAUAGGACAGUUUCUGCCCUGAUGUGGGAAGUAAGAUAUAUUGAACAUAAUGCUAGAACUUUCAAUGAGCUCGACAGUCCAAUUGUCAAGUCUGCCAAGUUAAUUACAGACACAUUACUUCAGUUCAUUGGGGACCAGAGUUGCACCAACAUGUUAGAGCUGUAUGAAAAAGUUAAGGCAGAGGAACUUAGCAGUGAUGAAAAUGACAAGGAAAUGGCUGCAGAAUUAGAUUCUGAUGCUCCAGGAACUUCGUCAGACACAAUACAUCGGCUCCCAAGGCAGUUGAACAGAAGGCCAGCGCUCAGUAUUGAUGUUAAUGCCUGGAAAGAGCAAUGCAGAGAGUUUCUGAACCUCAUGUUCCAGUGUGAGGACUCUGAACCUUUUAGACAGCCAGUGGAUCUCUUUGCAUAUCCUGACUAUCGGGACAUCAUCGAUGUUCCGAUGGACUUCAACACUGUGAAAGAAACACUAGAAGAAGGAAAUUAUGAAACCCCUCUGGAGUUCUGCAAGGAUGUUCGUUUAAUAUUCAGCAACGCCAAAGCCUACACGCCCAACAAGAAAUCAAGGAUAUACAGCAUGACACUCAGGUUGUCUGCCUUAUUUGAAACACAAAUUACAAAAAUAAUUUCAGACUACAAGUCUGCCUUGAAGUGCCAAAAAAAGAAUAAACCACGACAGAAGUAUAGAAAGAGAUUCAAAAGCAGCAGUAGUAGUAGCAGCAGCAGCAGCACGAGCAGUUCUCGGUCCGGCAGCAGGAGCAGUUCUCGGUCCGGCAGCAGGAGCAGUUCUCGGUCCGGCAGCAGGAGCAGUUCUCGGUCCCGUAGUGGUUCAGGUUGCAGUAGCAGAGCAUCCAGCCUAGCGCGUGAACUAACAAACACUCCACCUAAGGAAGACCUGAAUAUCUCACCGUCUUGUUCAGUUAGAGCUAUUACAUCAAGAACAACUCCAGAAUAA